AUGCCUCUCGUACGGCACGUACGAGCCCCAUCCGCGAGUCCCCGUGACCUCUAUAUCCCCUCCAUGCACAACCGCCCGCCGCUGAAGCCGGGCAAGGUGUCCCCCAAGCUGCCCGUACCCGCACACAUCCGCAAACCCCCCUACGCCGACCGGGGUGACUUCCCGCCCUGGGCGGACCGCAGCCAGGUGCACGGCGAGGAGGGCAAGCGGCGCAUGCGCGCCUCCGGUCGCCUGGCUGCCCGCGUGCUGGAGUUCGCGGGCAGCCUGGUGCGCCCCGGAGUGACUACGGAUGAAAUCGACAAGGCCGUACAUGCCAUGAUCAUUGAGAACGGGGCCUACCCCUCUCCGCUCAACUACGGCAAGUUCCCCAAGUCUGUAUGUACGUCAGUCAACGAAUGCGUGUGCCACGGUAUCCCCGACGACCGGCCCCUGGAGGCGGGGGACAUCGUCAACAUCGACGUCACCGUGUUUCUAGAUGGCUACCACGGAGAUACGAGCAGGAUGUUCUUUGUGGAGUGGGAGGCUUCUGGGCCGCUUUAUCACAUUAAUAUUGCGGACAAGCACAAGUACGGCGUCAUUCGGGACUACGUGGGUCACGGAGUGGGUCAGUCCUUUCACAGCCACCCCACCAUAUUCCACUACAAGAACAGCCAGCCGGGGGUCAUGCAGCUCGGGGAGACGUUCACCAUCGAGCCCAUGAUCGUGCAGGGUGCGACCAAGUGCGACACGUGGCGGGACAACUGGACGGUGGUUACCAAGGACCGCGGGCUAGCUGCCCAGUUUGAACACACCCUCCUCAUCACUGAGGGGGGGGCGGAGAUCCUCACCAAGCUAGAGUGA